CCACGUCACUUCUCUCUAAGCUCAUCUCAUCGGAGAGAUUGUCCCAGUGAGGAAAUGUUCCUCCUCCGGCGUUAUACCGGCGGGAGACUUUACUCGAUCUUCACUGUUAGAACCUCUAUUGAAUCUAGUAUUCGUCAUUUCACUAGUCUCGAGCCUUUGCAAAGCUCUGAUUCGACUCCAACUAAAGGCGAUUACUUCGCCGCGAUCAACCACGUUGUCAACAUCGUCCGCCGUGAGAUUCAUCCAGAGAGAUCAUUGAACAGUCUCCGUCUCCCUGUAACCUCUGAGUUCGUGUUCAGAGUCCUCCGCGCAACCUCUCGUUCCGCCAAUGAUUCUCUCCGUUUCUUCAAUUGGGCACGAUCGAACCCUAGCUACACACCAACCUCCAUGGAAUAUGAAGAGCUUGCUAAAUCCUUAGCUUCACAUAAAAAAUACGAAUCGAUGUGGAAGAUCCUCAAACAGAUGAAGGAUUUGUCUCUCGACAUCUCCGGCGAGACUCUCUGCUUCAUCAUUGAGCAAUACGGUAAGAACGGUCAUGUAGAUCAAGCCGUGGAGCUUUUCAAUGGCGUCCCGAAGACUCUAGGAUGUCAACAAACUGUUGAUGUUUACAAUGCCUUGCUCCAUGCGCUUUGUGAUGUGAAGAUGUUCCAUGGUGCUUAUGCUUUGAUCCGGCGAAUGAUUAGGAAAGGUCUUAAGCCGGAUAAGCGGACAUACGCGAUCUUAGUUAACGGAUGGUGUUCCGCCGGAAAAAUGAAGGAGGCUCAAGAGUUUCUUGAUGAAAUGAGUAGGAAAGGGUUUAAUCCACCGGCUCGUGGACGUGAUUUGCUUAUUGAAGGUUUGUUAAAUGCUGGUUACUUGGAAUCUGCUAAAGAGAUAGUGGAUAAGAUGACCAAAGGAGGGUUUGUUCCUGAUAUAUUAACCUUUAAUACUCUGAUUGAAGCUAUAUCUAAAUCAGGGGAAGUUGAAUUUUGCAUUGAGAUGUAUUAUACUGCUUGCAAGUUAGGUCUUUGUGUAGAUAUCGACACUUACAAGACACUUAUACCUGCGGUUUCAAAGAUUGGAAAGAUCGAUGAGGCGUUUCGGUUGUUGAACAAUUGUGUGGAAGAUGGGCAUAAGCCGUUUCCGAGUUUGUAUGCUCCGAUAAUCAAGGGAAUGUGUAGGAAUGGGAUGUUUGAUGAUGCCUUUAGCUUUUUCAGUGACAUGAAGGUGAAAGCUCAUCCCCCUAAUAGGCCGGUUUACACAAUGCUGAUAACAAUGUGUGGUCGUGGUGGGAAAUUCGUGGAUGCAGCUAAUUACUUGGUUGAGAUGACAGAGAUGGGUUUGGUUCCGAUAUCACGGUGUUUUGAUAUGGUUACUGAUGGGUUGAAGAAUAGCGGGAAGCAUGAUUUGGCUAUGCGAAUAGAGCAGUUGGAAGUUCAGCUUAGAGGAGUUUGAUAUUGCUAAACUUAGAAAGGGUUUUGAGGUUUCUCCUCAACUCUGAUGGGAUUCUGUAGGAAAUUCAGCUGCUUCUACAUUGAUCUACCCUUGUUCGAUUCGGUUUGGUAAUGAUAACCGAAUUGUAUCUUGUAGUCCAAGCUUGUCUAACUGUUAGGUUAUACUUGAGUUUGGGGGUUGAGUUUAGUUUCUUUCCAGGAAAAGAGUAUUACAUUUUGUUGUGCUAUUGUUUUUAGAUCUAUCUGUCAGAUCAUUAUUACGUAGUAAGAACCAAAGAUUGAUUACUACA